CACAUGCUAGCAGUCGAAGCUGAUGACUGGUGGCUAGAGACUCACGAGAGGUUGACCGUGGCAGGUGAAGACAUUACUUGGGAUGUAUUCCGUAGGGAAUUUCUGAGAAAGUAUUAUCCGGAAGAUGUCCGUGGUAAGAAGGAAAUUGAGUUCCUUGAGCUGAAGCAAGGAAACAUGUCUGUCACGGAUUAUGCUGCGAAAUUUGUGGAGCUGUCCAAAUUUUAUCCUCAUUACACUGGUGCUGGUGCUGAAUUUUCAAAGUGCAUCAAGUUUGAAAAUGGACUGCGCUCUGAAAUUAAGAAGGCUGUUGGGUAUCAAAAGAUACGCAUUUUUACUGAAUUGGUUGAUAGCUGCAGGAUAUUUGAGGAAGACAAUAAUGCUCAUUACAAGAUUGUCAGUGACCGCAGAGGCAAGCAACAUCAAAACCGUGGCAAGCCGUAUGAUGUUCCAGCUGGAAAAGGGAGACAAAGAGCUGCUCCGGCUCAGAGAGCUAGUGGGGGAGGUGCUCCUACUGGUAUAGUUUGCUUCAAGUGUGGUCAGGCUGGUCAUAAGAGUAAUGUAUGCACUGCUGAAGUAAAGAGGUGUUUUCGCUGUGGUAAGAUUGGCCAUGCAGUAGCUGAUUGCAAGCACAAAGAAGUGAUUUGUUUUAAUUGUGGCGAAGAAGGGCAUAUUGGAAGUCAGUGUCAGAAGCCGAAGAAAGGGAAUCAGUCAGGAGGCAAGGUCUUUGCUUUAUCGGGUUCCGAGACUUCUGCAGAUGAUCGUUUGAUCCGAGGUACGUGUUAUAUUAAUGGCUUUCCUCUUGUAGCUAUUAUUGACACAGGUGCUACUCAUUCCUUUAUAUCUUUGGAUUGUGCUGUGAAACUUAAGUUAGAGAUAUCUGAGAUGUUUGGUAGUAUGGUAAUUGAUACUCCUGCGAAGGGUUCAGUGACUACUACUUCGGUUUGUUUAAAUUGUCCUUUGAGUAUUUUUGGUAGGGACUUUGGAAUGGACCUAGUGUGUCUUCCACUAGUGCAGAUUGAUGUUAUUCUGGGUAUGAACUGGUUGGUGUUUAACCGAGUUUCUAUCAAUUGUUUUGAUAAGACUGUGAUAUUUCCUGAGAGUGAGGAAGGAAAGAGUUUGUUUCUAUCAGCGAGACAAGUGGAUGAGGAAGUAGCUGAUGGGGCAGAGUUGUUUAUGCUGUUAGCGACUUUGGAGGCUAAAGAUAAACUGAUGAUUUGCGACCUAGCUGUGGUGUGUGAUUUUCCUGAUGUGUUUCCGGAAGAAGUGAAUGAAUUGCCGCCAGAGCGUGAAGUGGAGUUCUCUAUUGACUUGGUACCUGGUACUAGGCCGAUAUCGAUGGCUCCGUACCGUAUGUCUGCUGUUGAGUUAACUGAAUUGAAGAGUCAGUUGGAAGAUCUAUUGGAUAAGAAAUUUAUUCGUCCGAGUGUGUCACCGUGGGGUGCACCAGUGCUAUUGGUUAAGAAGAAAGAAGGUACUAUGAGGUUGUGUGUGGACUACAGGCAACUGAAUAAAGUGACGAUCAAGAAUCGGUAUCCUUUGCCGAGGAUCGAUGAUUUGAUGGAUCAGUUGGUUGGUGCAAGUGUGUUCAGUAAAAUAGAUUUGAGAUCUGGGUAUCAUCAGAUCCGUGUGAAAACAGAGGAUAUUCAGAAGACUGCUUUCAGAACAAGGUAUGGACAUUAUGAGUAUUCUGUAAUGCCUUUUGGUGUGACUAAUGCACCUGGAGCAUUUAUGGAGUAUAUGAAUAGGAUUUUCCAUCCGUACCUAGACAAGUUUGUUGUGGUGUUUAUUGAUGAUAUUUUGGUGUAUUCGAAAUCUGAAGAAGAGCAUGCUGAACAUUUGAGAGUGGUUUUAGAAGUCCUACGAGAAAAGAAGUUAUUUGCUAAAUUGUCCAAGUGCGAAUUU